AUGGCCAUACCACUGAUAGAAGAAGCAACCACCGAAGAGACUGUCCCAGAGGAAAUCAAGGAAGUACUAGACAGCUAUACCGACAUCAUGCCAGAGAGUCUACCACAAACACUACCACUUCGUCGAGGCAUUGACCACGAAAUCGAACUCCUUCCCGGGGUUAAGCCGCCAGCAAAGAAAGCAUACCGGAUGGCUCCGCCCGAGCUAGCCGAAUUGAGGAAACAACUGGAUGAGUUGUUGAAGGCGGGAUUCAUUCACCCGGCAAAGGCCCCUUAUGAAGCCCCCGUUUUCUACGACUACCUGGAUCAGUUCGUCAUAGUAUACCUCGAUGACAUUGUUGUUUACAGCACAACCCUCGAGGAACACAAAGUGCAUUUGAAGUUAGUGUUUGACAAGCUCCGGCAGAACCAGCUGAGAUCAAGUCCUUAUCAAGCUGAGACCAGAACAGAUCAGAUUUCGUAG